AUGUGCCCGACAGAAUACGAUCGAAAUAAUGUAUGCGAAGAGGCCAUAAACCGUCUUAUAGGAAACCCAAUCAAAAUCUUGCCUGGAGAAAUAUUUCUGCGUAGCAAUUACCUGGAGGCACUUUCGCUUAGCCAUACUGCUCUUCAAAUACGAAGCAACAUCUUGCAACCCGUGAAACUAUCAUACCUAAAUCUAACCGGCAUACGCUUUGAAAGCAUAGAUUUUAAAGCUUUAAGCAACAUGCCAAAUCUGAAGUACAUAAUUUUCGAUCGGUUUUAUUUCUGUUCGAUGAUACCGAAAGUAAGAAUGUGCAAACCAAAAACAGAUGGAAUAUCUUCCUUUAAAGAUUUACUCAGUAAGCCCAUAUUACGCUACUCAGCAUGGAUAAUGGCCACCGUCACAAUAAGCGGCAAUAUAAUGGUACUUUGGGGUCGCUUCAUAUAUCGUGAUGAGAAUAUUGCAGUAACAUUGGUCAUACGAAAUUUAGCAUUUGCAGAUAUAUUAAUGGGAUUUUAUUUGUUGACAAUUGGUGUGCAGGAUAUUCGCCAUCGCAAUGAAUAUUAUAAAGUAGCACUUGAUUGGAUUACCUCCUGGCAGUGUGCAGCAGUCGGCACUCUGGCUGUCACGUCUUCUGAAGUAUCGAUGCUAAUACUUGCUUUCAUGUCUUUGGAACGUUUUCUUUUGAUUGCUGACCCAUUCCGCAGUCAUCGUCGUAUUAGUGUACGAAACAUUAUCGCUGCUUUGACAUUGAUUUGGAUAAUGGGUAUAGGCAUUGCAGUGGCACCUGUGGUACUCUGGCGCUCAAGUACAAAAUUUUAUGGCACAUAUUCGGGCACUUGUUUUCCACUGCACAUACAGGAACCCUACCCACUUGGCUGGCAGUAUUCAGCUUUUAUGUUUUUGGGAGUAAAUUUAUUUCUACUGCUUAUGAUUGCACUGCUCUACACAGUGCUACUUAUUUCCAUUUGGCGCACUCGGAAGGCUACACCUCUUUCGUUCUUAGAUUGCGAAUUUGCAGUUCGUUUUUUCUUUAUUGUACUGACGGACGCAUUGUGUUGGGCGCCAAUCAUUAUUUUUAAGAUUUGGGUGUUUUUCAAAUAUAAUAUAUCAGAUGACAUCUAUGCCUGGUUGGUUGUGUUUAUUUUACCGCUCAAUUCUGCCGUCAAUCCACUGUUGUACACAUUUACAACACCGAAGUAUCGUAAUCAAAUUUUGUUGCGUGGCUGGAAGAAAAUCACCGCACGUAGACGUCCAUAUCCAUUAAGUGGCAUGGCAACUACAAUUGCCACUGCAACUGCUUCAUCAAAUCCAGAUGAAUCUUCUAGUAAAGCCAUUCCCCUGGUGGGAAAUCUUUAGAUGCUCGCAUAUAAAUAAGCAGAAUUUACUAAGCAAUUAAUUGAG